CCUUGUCAACUGUUUUAUUUCAUUCUCCGGGAAAGUGACCAGUGAACUUAUCAUGGGGAAUAUAUUUGUCCGUGUAGUGCUUUCCUGUUGUUUAAUCUUUAUGCCUUCAGCCCGCUAAAUUUUCUGUCAGUUGUUGUAUAUUCACGACAAGUGUUCACUCACUGUUUAAAAAGAAAAAUCUAUUUAAGAGACGAUGACAUGUGUGAAGACUUGGCCGCUGCUUCUGCUGCCGUUUUCACUGCUCUCUGUGGUGAAAGCAGAUUGUCAGGUUCCUGUUUUGAAUGGCAAAUUUAUCUUGUCUACGGAAUCCAUACAGAUGAAUCAUUUCCCAGAGGGUUCCAAAGCAAUUGUGGAGUGUCCUAAAGGACAGGAGAGAAAGGAAGGUUCAAAUUUAACCACCUGCACGAAUGGGAAUUGGAGUGCCGUGGAAUUAAUCUGUAAAAAGAUGGACUGUGGAUUACCUGAAGUUUUACCACAUAUGAGCUACUCCAUCCCAGAUGGAACGUUGUUUGGUUCCCUCAUACAACCUAAAUGUGAGAGCGGAUAUGACCUGGAAGGAUCAAGUCAUAGGCAAUGUCUUGUAUCUGGCUGGAGCGGAAAGUCUGAAUGUAUAUUGAUAACGUGUGCUAAGCCAGCUCCAAUUGAGCAUGGAAACUUCACCAUGCCCAGGACGAUUCCAGAGUUUGAUGAUGUCAUUGAAUAUUCCUGCGAUGAAAACUACACCCUCUCUGGAAACAGAUUCAUUAGAUGUGGGGGAAAUUGGAAAUAUAAUUCACCACCUCCAGAAUGCAUAGAAAUUGAAUGUCAAGUUCCUGAAAUUAGGUUCGGUAACCAGACUGAAGGAAAUCCUCCAUACUCUUAUAAAAGUAAAGCCACGUUUGAAUGCUGGCCAGGUUACAGGAUGGAAGGGUUUGCUACGUCCGAGUGUGAAGAGAGUGGCUGGUCUGCCCUUCCUGUCUGCGUUCAAGACAUCAUAACACAGACAACAGCAAGCACUAGCACAAACACAAACAAAACCACAACAACAGCAACAGUCACAGCCACAGCCACCACCCAUUCACAUGGAAGACAUGAAGAACAGCGUAAUUCUAAAUUACUGAGUGAGUCAUCCUUUAAAGCCAAUGAUACAUCUGCUACUGAAUGAAAUGUCCGAAUGCAUCCCCCCUCAGGGAAAGAAAUGCGGUUACUGAAGUCAGAGCUGUGUUUGACGUGCAACAUAUGUCACCAUAUAAUAACAGUCAAUGAUGAGAAUGAGUUAUUUUGUCUUGUUCAAGUCUAAAGUAAGAGGAGUGAUGACUACUGUAACCGAGGGCCACAUAUCAAUUAAAUGUUUAUUUCCUUUUGUUCAUGUAUUUCUAAUAACACAACGGUUGAUCUUUCAGGUUCUGUGAU